UAAGAAUGCAGUGUAAGCAGCAGCAGUGUACAGAGUCCAGAGCGUUCAGUCAUUCAGAGUUGUGAGAGAUGCAUUCAGUGACGGCUCACUCAUAGAGGAAUUUACUGAAAACUCAUAGUGUCAAGAUGCUCUCUGGAAAGACUGUCAAACUCAUCCUUUAUGAGCUUCUGCAGUUCGCAUGUCUCUGUAUUCCUGUGUUUGUAGUAAUGGAGCGCUUUGCAUCUGUCAUUCGUAUUGUGAAGGCUAGUGUCACUGCCUACUGGCUGGUGGUGGCGGCCUCGGUGGCCUAUGUGGCGUCUGUAACCCUGUUUGUGUGGGUUCCUUUGAAGUACUUCACCCUCAAGACAAAUCGCUUCUCAGAAGUGACCAACUGGAGACCUGUUACACUUGGAUACGUGAUCCUCAGCGCUUUACCAUGCUUUGCUAUAAUCAUAGCCAGCUCAAAGGUUCAAGUUGAUGCUGGUGUUAAGUGUGACCGCUUCACUGAGCUCCCGGUCUCUCUGGUCUUGUUCUCCCUCAUUUGUGUGGACAUAGUGGAGAAAAUUCGCCCUCUUCGCCUGACGGGACAGGCAAGUGGAUCAGAGUUGGAUUUUGAGAUGCCAGGCCCAGUGUUGACUCACAUGGAGCAGGUGACAUCCGUGUCCGGACAGCUGCAGGCCAACGGACGGGACGUCGAUGCGUCUCCAAGGUCGCCGGUCAGGAAUGGGACACUAUCAGGACGUUGGAGGGAUGUAGAUGAAGGCGGCACCUCUCGUACCAGCAGCACAGCAUAUCUCUACUCCUCUCAUUCUUACUCAGGUCCGUUUAAAUUUGUCUGGAUUCGAGACUCUCGGCAUGACCUCUUUGUGGCCACCUUCAUGUUUUGGUUUGACACCGUGGAAAUGGUGAGGGUGGCCGGGACUGAUUCGGUGUAUUACUCAGCAUGGGUGUUUCCCAUAUACAUACUGGCUUAUCUGUCCAUCCUGCGUGUUGUUAUAACUCCAGGCAGUCCUUUGCUUGCUUCAUCAAGUGUCCUCACCCAAGAUUUGCCCUUCCUGGUGGUGCGUAUAUGCCUAUUGGCUGUUUUCGGGUACGUUACCCCUGUGCUCUACAUACUAAAGAACAUUUUCACCACGGUAUCUUUCAUGUACUUUGUCUUUAUGACUAAACUAAAACUGCUGAACAGAGCAAGCAUGUUCUGAGGGCAUUAUGAAAUUCCAUGCAGAUUCACAGCUCAUGUAUUGUAGAUUGUAAAUUACGAUUUAGGGUUAAGAUUUUUUUUUUUUUUUUUUUAUAAAUUUCAUAUUUCUUGAUUUUUUUUUUUUUUUUACUGGUGGCCAAAACGAAACUCAGACAUCUAAAUGUUUAGUCAUUCUAUUCAUAUUUAUUGUAGAAUAUAUUUGUAUAAAAAUGUUUUUGAAAAAAAAAAAAGUAUAUUAUGCUCACUAAGGCUGCAUUUAUUUCAGCAGAAAUACAGUAAUAUUGACAUAUUAUUACAACUUAAAAAUAAUGUUUUUAUAUUUUUAUACAUUUUGAAAUGUAACUUAUUAAUUGUAUGGUAAACCUGAAUAUUCUGCAGCUAUUACUCUGGUCUUUAGUGUCACGUGAUUUUUGAGAAAUCAUUCUAAUAUGAUAAUUGUUUGGCAUUCUGAUCAACUAAAUGCAGGCUUGUUGAGAAUAAAAUACUUUCUUCAUAAACAUAAAAUAAAAAUCUUAAUUAUUCCAGACUUUUGUAGUGUAAAUGCUGUUUGUGUUCAUAUGUUGAGUAUAUUAUUACAUGUAUUAAGGCUUUCUGUUUUGUUGUUUUUCUAUGCAACACAGUGCGUUUUAAUUCAUUGUGCCAAUGUCAUGUUUUGAAAAUUUGUAAAAUACAGCAAUUUA